AUGGGAUUUAAGAGGGCCGAAGCUGAAAGGAAGAUGCAACUACAAGAAUUAGAGAACCUUCGCCUAGAAGCGUAUGAUAACUCCAGGCUAUACAAAGAAAAGAUGAAGGUUGUGCAUGACAAGCACAUUAAAAGGAGAGAGUUCAGACCUGGGGAAUUAGUUCUCCUCUACAACUCCAGACUAAAGCUUAUACCAGGCAAGCUGAGAUCAAGAUGGAAAGGUCCCUAUAGAGUAGAGAAGGCAGAGCCAUACGGAGUCUUUUACCUAAGCCAUCCUUCGAGCUCUAAAUUCAUCAAGGUAAAUGGACAUCGCCUUAAGCUAUAUCACGACCUGCAGUCUGUCUAUGUCCGUCAGAAGCAAGUCCCCACCUCCGAAAGGGCCAUUCAACAAGUCUUAGAUCUCCUCCCUGCUCCACAAGGAUUGGACGCAUUUCAAGAAGCCUCUCUCAAAUGCCAGCAAUACCAAUUUGACUGGAACAACGUUCUCAGAAUUAUAGCACUAUCUGGCAGCAAGUGGAUCUACGGUUAG